GUGGGGCGCAGCUGGCGCGCGGUAGAUAGGCGGGCGGGUGGCUGACCAGUUCUGGCUAGGACACGUGACGGGGGAGUCGGGGCUGUGGACGGCGGCUGUGGGGGGCGCGCGGCGAGACCAUGGAACUAAAGUGGCUGCUGUGUGCGACAUUGCUGAUACUUGGAUUAGUUGAUGUCCAGACACAUGAUGAGGAAGAUGACCAUGGUGAUGAUGUAAUCGAUAUUGAGGAUGACUUGGAAGAUGGUGUUGAGGACGUAGAAGAGACAAAGCCUGAAGCCAGCAGCCCUCCUCCAUCCCCAAAGGUUACCUAUAAGCCCCCAGUACCAACAGGAGAGGUUUAUUUUGUGGAAAACUUUGAUAAGGGAACCCUGGAAGGAUGGGUUCUUUCCAAGGCCAAGAAGGAUGACACAGAUGAUGAAAUUGCAAAAUAUGAUGGUAAAUGGGAAGUAGAGGAAAUGAAGGACACUAAACUUCCAGGGGACAAAGGACUUGUACUGGUUUCCCGGGCUAAGCAUCAUGCGAUCUCUGCCAAACUGACAAAACCCUUCGUAUUUAAUACCAAACCCCUCAUUGUACAGUAUGAAGUGAAUUUCCAAAAUGGGAUUGAGUGUGGCGGUGCCUAUGUGAAGCUGCUUUCUAAAACCACCGAGCUGAACCUGGAUCAGUUUCAUGACAAAACUGCCUACACAAUCAUGUUUGGUCCUGAUAAAUGUGGAGAAGAUUAUAAAUUACACUUCAUCUUUCGGCACAAGAACCCCAAAACGGGGAAAUACGAAGAGAAGCAUGCAAAGCGUCCAGAUGCAGAUCUGAAGACCUACUUUACUGAUAAGAAGACCCACCUCUAUUCUCUGGUCUUGAAUCCUGAUAAUAGUUUUGAAAUCCUGGUUGAUCAGACUGUGGUGAAUAGUGGGAAUCUCCUAAAUGAUGUGACUCCUGCUGUGAAUCCACCCCGAGAGAUUGAGGACCCAGAUGACCAGAAACCAGAGGACUGGGAUGAGAGACCCAAGAUCCCAGACCCAGAUGCUGUUAAACCAGAAGAUUGGGAUGAGGAUGCUCCUGCGAAGAUUUCAGAUGAUGAUGCUGUGAAGCCAGAAGGUUGGCUGGAUGAUGAGCCAGAAUAUGUAGCUGAUCCUGAUGCAGAGAAACCAGAGGACUGGGAUGAGGAUAUGGAUGGAGAAUGGGAGGCACCGCAGAUUGCCAAUCCCAAAUGUGAGUCAGCCCCUGGCUGUGGUACGUGGCAACGACCUAUGAUUGACAAUCCCAACUACAAAGGCAAAUGGAAGCCUCCUAUGAUUGAUAACCCCAACUACCAGGGAAUCUGGAAGCCCAGGAAGAUCCCAAACCCAGAUUUCUUUGAAGAUCUAGAACCUUUCAAAAUGACUCCCUUCACUGCUGUGGGCCUUGAACUAUGGUCAAUGACCUCUGACAUCUUCUUUGACAACUUUAUCAUCUGUACAGACCGAGCUGUGGCAGAAGAUUGGGCCAAUGAUGGUUGGGGUCUAAAAAAGGCAGCUGAUGGUGCUGCUGAGCCUGGUGUUGUGGGCCAGAUGAUGGCAGCUGCUGAAGAGCGUCCCUGGCUGUGGGUGGUGUACAUCCUAACUGUGGCUCUUCCUGUGUUCCUUGUUGUCCUCUUCUGCUGUUCUGGAAAGAAACAGCCAAGUGCUGCAGAGUACAAAAAGACUGAUGCUCCUCAGCCUGAUGUGAAUGAGGAGAAAGAGGAGGGAAAAGACAAGGCAGAGGAAGAGGAGGAAGAGGAGGAGGAAGCGGAAUCAAAUGAGGACAAGCAGGAAGAGAAGCAAAAGAGUGAUGCUGAUGUUGGAAGUGCUAGUCAGGAGGAGGAGGAGGAGGAGGAGGAGGAAGAAGAAGAAGAUGGAAAACCCAGAUCAGAGGAGGAAGAAAGCAUGAAUAGAUUGAAAAAAUCAUAAGAACUUCAACUAUGAUUCUGUUUUCCCCCAACAUGGUUCUGGGAGAGGACCUUGGAUACCUUUAUGUUGAAACUCAGACAAACCUCAAGACUUCACCAUCCGCAGGUUCCAGUCACACUAUCCAAUGUAACUGAGUGUCUAGCAGUAAAAUAUUUGCAAUCAUCUCUUUAAAAAGAACGCCAUUCCUGUAGAAAGAUGCAUUUAAUGUAAUGGGCUGUGGAUUUUGGAAUGUAACAAAACUAACCUUUUAUUUUUGUUUUUAAAUAGAUUGGUAGAACUUUGCCAGUCUCUCAACCUUAGCUUAAUUUAAUGUAUUAAUUGAUCAAUGAAAAAUAACAGAUCUAGAAAAAUGCUAGUUGAUGAAAUGCAGUUUUUAUAACUUUUUUUUAUAAACAUGGAAAUUACUGGCAAUGCCUGUAUAUCCCUUAAAUUUGGUGGUCAGUGGCUACAUUGACACUUUUUUUUUUUUUUUUUAAUAAAAACCCUCUCAAAUAAGGAAAUUAGGGAUGGGAAGGAAGUUAAAGUCCCAGAAACUAUCUAAGAUGUGUUGAUAUUCCCAAGAAGGCCUCUCAUUUACUUGUUGAGGGAGAAGCAUAGGUAAGCAAUGAAAUAAGCAUGUUGCCCAUGGCUGUUGCCCACUAAGUGUUCACAAUUGGCUUAAGGCAGUGGGGGUAGGUUUAACUACGGUACUUAGUCUUGCAAGACUCAAAGAGGCCGGAUGUCUGAUUUCUUUAGUUCCUGAGCUCUUCACAGUAGGCAGUGGUUGUUUGGGGGGUUUUUUUUUUUUGUUUUUUUUUUUAAAUACUUUUCCCUUCCUCCGGCCCUAGCUUUCUCUGCUACUAUGCAGCUUCUUCAGAGUGUAGGUUGGCCUCCAUUGCUGAAAACUACUUUAUGCUUGGCUCACUAUCAAACUUUUAUAGGUGUGUUGGGUUUUUUUGUUUGUGUGUUUUGUGGGGCAAAAGGGUGUGUUUUUGUUUUUUAAGCUACACCUACUUCUUUCCAGGGUCCAAACACUGGAUACGACAGUGUCCCUAAUCUCCUUAUUGUUGCCCUAUAUGUAAACUCCUGCAUAGAGACAGGGAGGUGAGAAAAGAAUAGACAAGUAGACCUAAAGACUCAUAUCAGAAGCAAAGAUGUCAGUAUUUGUAGAUGGGCAAGAAGCACAUGGAAUAACCUACUUGGUAUGUGUAACCAUUUGAGUCUUUCAUCUGCUUUUCAUGUAACAGUUGCAUUCUAAAUUAUAUUGUGAAUAUAGGGGGUUCCAAAUCCAGUUAAAUAAAAUUUUUUUUAAAAAAAGUCACGUCUAGUAUAUUAUACUGUUGUUCUAAAAGUUUUUUUUUUUUUGUUUUUGUUUGUUUGUGGAAUGCAAGUGACCACCACCAGAGCAUACCUCUAGGAUGGUAAACUCUGAUGCUUUCAUUAGUGUACCAAAAUGUAUUAAAGAGGGAAGGUUAAUGUCUACAUAGACUAGCUUUUUGCCCUUUGUUCAAAAUAACUUUAAAUGUCCUAAAUUGCUCUCCUUGCACUGAACAGAAACACUCCAUGUUCCAUUUGUAUUUUUAUUUAGGGUAGGAUAGAAAGUGAAGAACAAUUCUAGAAAAAAA